GGUAACCGGAAGUGCGGCGCCGAGGCCGGAAGUGGAGGCGAGGCGCUUCCGGCGUUUGGAUGAUAGUGGGAGGGAAGGAACCAUAGAGCGGAGAGGCCAGAAGGGCGGGGUGAGAGGCUCUGGCGAUGCGGUACAACGAGCGGGAGCUGCUGUCGCUCUCCCGGCAGCCGGCCGAGAAGGCGGCCGAGAUACUCAUGCGGGCGCCCAAGAAAGGGAGCGCCCUGAAGAAGCGCUUGGUGAAGCUGGUCGUCAACUUUCUCUUCUACUUCCGAACAGAUGAGGCUGAGCCAAUUGGUGCUUUGCUGCUGGAACACUGCAGGAUCAGCAAAGAGGAAGAAACCAUGUUUUCCAUUAGUUUCCUUGAAGAACCAGAGAGGAAGUAUUUCUUUGAAUGCGAUUCAGAAGACCAGUGUCAUGAGUGGGUGGAGGUGCUUCAAAGGGCCAGUUACGAGUUCAUGAGAAGCAGCUUGAUCUUCUAUCGGAACGAGAUCCAGAAAAUGACUGGAAAGGACCCCUUGGAACAGUACGGCAUCUCGGAAGAAGCCCGCUUCCAGUUGUGCGCCCGGAAACUGUGACCGCGAAUGAUUGUGGGGGUGGAUCCGGGCUGGCAUCUCUCCUCAGCACCACCUCCUGCGGAGGUCUACCAAAGCCCCCACGCUUCCCGAUCAGGGUUCUGCACCCCCGAAACAACGACCAACUGACUUGCAUUAACGAACUCAAUGGGAGGAUCUUUAUAGCGUCCCCCUCAGUUUUGUUGAAAGGAAUCUUUUGUCAGAACACAACAGCCAUCUAUCUUCAUCUUCACUUUCACGGCUUCCGUGGGGGUUAAAAUGAAGGUGGAGACGAUGUGAUGACAGGGACUAUCGUUUCUUUAAGAAUCGGUUAGCCAGAAUUACAUUUCCACCUUGUGUGCUUACGUGCAUUGACAGGGGCGCUCAUGAAACUGAAGGAAGGGUGGGGGGGUUGAGCCACCUGGAAGCCUGAUUUUUUUUUAAAAAAAACCUCUUAAAACAUCAAUUUUGCAUAGCAACAAGUACAGCAAUUUUACAACAGGCAAACUGGGUUGCUCCCAGCUAGUGGGCUGAGAUUUCUGCAUGGCUAGCUGGUCAACCUUCCUUCCCACAGGGGUGGGUGGCUACCCACUGCCCUGUAAAGGGUACAAGGGUUGGAACGUUGAAUCACUCCAGCAGUGGAACAAGCUGCCUUCAAUGGAGGCUGCAUCUCUGUACCAAGUCACCACUCCCAGUCACGAGGCUCCUCCUGGCUCAGCAAUUCUUGCCGGGUGGGGGAAUAACUCCUUACCUACUGUAUAAGGCAGGGAUGGGGAACCUUUGGCCCUCCUGAUGUUGCUGAAUGACAACUCCUAUCAUUCCUGGCCAUUGGCCAUGCUUGUUGGGGCUGAUGGGAGUUGUCAUUCAGCAACAGGACCAAAGGUUGCUAUAAGGUAACCUUUUCAAGUACGCCUUUCAUCUUGAUUCCCUGAACAUGAAUGUAAUUUAGCUAGUAGGCAUUUGGAAAAAAUGCUGGAUUAGCACAGCAGCUGGAGCAGUGAUAUUACUACCUCCCUUGGGUGUUCUGCUAUCAUUUGACAGUUUUGUCGUGCCUUGCUGGCAGCCCUCUGCACUGAAGCUUUUCUAUGCUUCUUACAAUGUUGGGAAGCAAGAUCCUCCCUCUCUCUGUUCUUCUGAGCGCAGGGCCCGGACUCUUGUUCCGCGUUGCACUUACAGGCAGGGAGGCUGUAGCAGGUUCUUGGUAGAGGCAAAUCUCCAGCCGAGUUCUGCAGCGACACACUCCUCCCCACUUACCCUGGGACAGUUCCUGCCUGUUGUUGCAGAAAUCUCCCUCCUCCCUAACAACAUGGCACAUUCUUGCAUCCUUGCUCUGCAUUUUCUCUGCCCAGCUUUUGGGUCUGGCAGCUGAAUGUUGUCGUUUUUUUUCAAUAAAUGCUGUGAAAUUGAGAGGGGCAUUUUGAAAACUUACUUAAAACCGCAGCCCUUCAGCGGAUGUUGGAGUCCAGCUCGCAUCAGAUGGCCAGAGGUGAGGGUGGGAGAUGGAGCCCAGCAACACACGGAGAGCAAGUGCCCUAGCCCUGAUCUGAGUAGCGGCAUCUGGUACUGCUCCCUCCUGAGAAAGGGGACUGCCUCUUACAGCAGGGCUGGGCAACCUGUGGCUCUCCAGGUGUUGCUGGGCUCUAGCCAGCAAGGCCAAUGGUCAGGGAUGAGAAGAGCCUGGAAUCCCAACAUCAGCUGGAAGAACAGAGUUUUAAGGACAAACAUGGGGGGAAAAACGCACCUGUGACGGAGGGUGGCUUUAGUUGUGUUUAGCAGUGAAAAAUGUUUUCCCCGCUUCCAUCCAAAGUCUUGUUUUCCUCUGUAACGCCCCUAACCUUCCCAUUUCCUGCUGAACUAUUGUCUUGAGUGGCUCAUUUUAAUAUUUCUGUACAUUAAAACAAAAAUUUUACUUUCUCA